AUAUCGAAUUACGCCUCCUGAGCUAUAUAUAUUUAUUUAUUUAUUUUGCCAAGAACUAUGAGCUAUAUUGAUCGAAACCCUAUAUUGGCCUAUAUCAGGGCACCACAAAUACCGACAACUAUCCGCACAAAUGAAAGAAACGCUUCAUUCAGUGGUGCGGCAAGGCUCGUGUUUCGUGUAUCCUCCAAGUGAUGUUUAAUUGUGGUGCUGUGAGGGUGAUUUGCAAAGACAGUUGCGCGUGGUGCUGUGAGGGUGAUUUGCAAAGACAUCAAUGGUGUCUUUCAGCCUCCAGGGAGCUUCGGCGGUGAAUUUGAAGACCAAGUGGAGCCGGCACGGCAACUCUGGAGCCUGGAGGUGCAGGGAGGCUAUUUAUUUGGCGCAGGAUCUCCAUCUUCAGCAGGUUCAAGUCUUGCCUUAUUACAGUCAUCAAGGUGAUCAACUUAGGGAGUGGUCCUUGCUGCAUGGUGCUUCAAAGCAUGCGUCAUACUCGGUAAAUAGAGCUCGCCGCCGCGCUUUCCCCCACCACUAUCUGCGACUCCAAACCCAUUCCUCGUCAACUCGCAAAUCCGUCUCUGCCUCCAUGGAUGACGACGGCGGCGGCGAGGACCGCCUAAGCGCGUUACCCGACGAUGUGCUCAUAGACAUCCUCGUCAAGCUCGAAGACGCCACGGCCGCCGCGCGCACAAGCGUCCUCGCGCCCCGUUGGCGCCGCCUCUGGGCCCUCCUCCCGGAGAUCAACUUCGAAGACAUCGAGCACCACCGCAUCGGCCCCGCCCUCGCCGCGCACGAGGCGCUCGACUUCCGCCGCCUCGAGGUCGCCACCGGAGACGCCUCUCCUGGAUCCGUGUCGGCCUGGCUCCACGCCGCCGCGCGCCGCCUCUCCGGCUCCCUGCUCCUCCUGGUGGUCCGGCGGGAGGAGGUCGGAGACAGAGCCGGAGCUGCCGUCGAUCUGCCCUGCUUCGAGAAAGCCACCUCGAUUGCGCUCGACCUCGGAUUCCUCGCCCUCGCCCUGCCGGCUUCCGGAGUAUUCGCCCGCCUCAAACAUCUCUAUCUGGUCGGCAUUCAGCUACAUGGCGAUGGUCUUGGUGAUGCCGUGUCCUCCCCGAGGUGCCCAUCCUUGCAGACCCCCUACGUUCGUUCUGUCCGGAGUCUGGAGGUCAACUUCGCAAUCCACUCGGAAUCUCUCGAGCAUAUAGAGCUGUGGGGUCUCCAUGACUUGCAGCAGCUCACCGUAGUGGCACCGGCACUCGAGAGAUUAAAGUGUAUAAUUGCUUCGACAAUGCUCCGAAUCCAUGUGAGCCGGUCGCAAACAUCUCGGCCCCUCGGCUCAUGUUGCUCGACUGGAUGGUUGCCUACAAUCCAAGCUCUGUUCAACUAGGCAAGUUGACACAUCUCCAUUGGCUGGGCAUUGAACUAUCUGUUCUAGAUGGAGAGGACGUAGAGGCUUCCGCAAACAAUCACCAUCUCAUGAAGCAUUUGCGGCACUUCGAGCGCAUCCUCGACUCUCUUAAUAUUGUUCUUUACUUUCCGCCGGAAAUUGGUACCAACCAAUAUUCGAUGGAAGACAUCCCCCGGCUCCCUAACUUUAUAUUCUUGGCGCUGGGUAUAACUGCAUAUGGACAUUCCUUUGCAGCAGCUCAUUUGAUGUUCUCAGGAGGUGUCCUAGAAUACAAAGGCUGGAUCUUGAUUUUCUUCCAGGGAGCCCACUAGAGGAACGAACUCCAUGCCCAUCAAGGUUUGUCAUCAUCCGCUAAACUGGAGCACCGAUGAACUUGUGCUGAAUUGCCUCGAAGAAGUGGAAAUAAUCCACGACUUCAGUGGAACUGAAUGUGUAGUUGCUCUUGUGAAAAAGUUAUUCAGUUGGGCAACAGUGCUAAAUCUGAUGACAGUAUAUUUCGCAGAAUCAAUCACUGAAAGCAAGGCCGAA